AUGCGUUUCUCUAUCCUUCUGUCUCUCCUGCCUUUGGCCAUCUCCGUUGGAGCUAUCAACGUCACCGAGCCUGCCAAGGGUGACAAGCUCGAUGUUUCCGAGUCUUUCACCGUGAAGUGGGAUUCCGUCAACACUGACGCCUCCACCGUCGACAUCGUCCUGAUCAACAACAAUGUCUACCCCAAUGUCCAGGAGAAGAUCGCCUCCGGCGUCGAGACCUCCAAGGGCUCCUACACCGCCAAGGGUCUCAAGGGUGUUUCCAACGGCUCCGGUUUCCAGAUCAACCUCCUCUCCACCGAGGCCCAGAACACUGGCAUUCUCGCCCAGUCCCAGAAGUUCGAUGUGACCGAGCCUGAGAAGAGCUCCUCCAGCGCCUCUACUACCGGUACAUCUUCCACUGUCUCUUCUGAAUCUUCUUCUGCCUCUGUCUCCGGUACCACUUCCUCUGCUUCUACCUCUACUGGUGCCCACACCACUGAGACUGAUGCUUCCACUACUGGUACUUUCACCCCGGGCGUUUCUAUUAUCAACCCCUCCACCGGAAUAUUUACCUUUAGCUCCCUCACCACUACCUCCGGAUCUACCUCCACCGGAACUACCACUGGCACCAAGACCUCUGGUAUGACCACCUCCGCCACCGGCUCCGCUACCGGCUCUGCCUCUGGCUCCGCCACUGCCACUACCGCUCCCAACGCUGGUAUGGCUCUUGCUGCCCCCGCUGCCGCCGCUGGCCUCAUCGCUGGUGUCCUGGCUCUCCUGUAA